AUGGCCUAUAUCUCUAAAAAUCUUUGCAUGUCCAUGGUUCUUAUGCAUCACGACACUGCAUUUGGAAAGCAGGGUGCUCUUUUUGCCCUCGCUGUUUCUGACAUAGUGCUCGUAAAUAUGUAUGAUACAGAGGCUACACAUAUUUUGAUGAAGGUGUUAGAUUUAGAAGCUUUUGCAAAUGCAGAGAUUGAUCAAACAAAUUGGGACUCUUCUGAAGUGAGAGAGAAGCUUAAGCAAGAUAUAGAUGCUCAUAUUGCUGCAGUUUGUGGUGCCAAUUUCCAUGUUGAGAAAGAAUUGAACGAAUCGUUGGCUGCACCUGUUGGGGCUUUGGUAGAUGGAGCCAAGGAUUACCGAUGGGCAGCAAUAAGAAUGCUACUUUUCCGUGAGACAGAAGCGUCAAUUAGUCGGUUUUCUAGUGCUAUUUCUGGUUUUGAAGUAGGUGAUAAAACAAAGGAUAAAAUGGUUGUGAGGGUGGAAAUUACCAUUCUAUGGGCAAUACUUGCUUUGGUUGUUUGGGUUUUCAAAUAUGAUCUCACUUCUUGUUUCUUAGCCUAG